AUGGCUUCAUUUGAUUUCCAAUCACUGUUUACGAAUGUUCCCGGUCGGGAGGUCAUACGUAUCAUGUGUGAUCAUGUGGAGCAAAACGAACUGAAAAUCGGUAUACCAGUAUCAGUUCUGGUACGACAAUUACUACUGUGCACAACAAACGUAUCGUUCUCCUUCCUUGGUUGGGCUUACAGACAAAUUGACGGUGUCGCAAUCGGAACUCCAUUGAGCCCCAUUCUGGCACAUCUGUUUUUGGCUCAUCUUGAGGAAAAGGCGAGCAAAAUCCUCGAACGUUCACAACUUUACAAACGAUACGUUGAUCAUGUUCUAGUCAUCACAAUAAGUCUAGAAGAGACAACAUGGAUUAUGGAUAAACUCGAUCGCCUGCAUCCGAAUAUACGAUUUACGAUGGAAACAGAAAUCGAAGAUACACUGCACUUCCUCGACAUUAAAAUGACUAGGAAUAAUGAUGGAACAAUGGCCAGAUCUGUUUACCGAAAAGAAACCUGGACAGGCCAAUGCUUGCAAUUUGACAGCUUUGUGUCUGUGGAAUAUGAACGUGGUCUGGUCCGAACACUAUUUCAAACAGCACGACAUAUCUGCACAGAAGACAUGAUUGACAACGAACUACGACAGCUGAAAGCAUCUUUGACUAGAAACGCUUAUCCCGAUGCGUUUAUCGAAAAGCACAGCAAGCCUAAAUUGAUCAGACAAACGAAUUGUUCAGCAGAAAAACUACUAGUCACCCUUUGUCUUCCAUUCAUACGUGAUGACAUCAAUUGCUUGCUCAAACGACCACUUGGAUCAGCGCUUGCCCAAAACAAAUAUUAUGCACCUGACCUCAGAAUUAUUCAUCGAACGAUUGAGAUCCCCACACCCUCGGUGAAACAACGUCCACCUCUGUACACCAAAUCGAAUCUGAUUUACCAAUUUCAGUGUAGUUGCGGAGCAACGUACGUGGGUCGAACAGAGCGCCAGUUACGUAACCGAGUGAUUGAAUAUAUUCCAAAUUGGGUACAACGUUUUGUGAUGCAAUCAGGGUCAGAUCAAAGGCAUAAUGACAACGUUCGAAACCAUAAGAUCCCGUCGUCAGCUGUCGGCCGUCGGCCGUCGGCCGUCGCUCGUCAUCUUCUGAUGACGCAACAUCCAGCUGACCGAAGCAAUGCGUUUCGGGUCAUUUACGUGGCAAAGAAUACCGGGCUUUUGAGACAAAUUGACGGUGUCGCAAUCGGAACUCCAUUGAGCCCCAUUCUGGCACAUCUGUUUUUGGCUCAUCUUGAGGAAAAGGCGAGCAAAAUCCUCGAACGUUCACAACUUUACAAACGAUACGUUGAUCAUGUUCUAGUCAUCACAAUAAGUCUAGAAGAGACAACAUGGAUUAUGGAUAAACUCGAUCGCCUGCAUCCGAAUAUACGAUUUACGAUGGAAACAGAAAUCGAAGAUACACUGCACUUCCUCGACAUUAAAAUCACUAGGAAUAAUGAUGGAACAAUGGCCAGAUCUGUUUACCGAAAAGAAACUUGGACAGGCCAAUGCUUGCAAUUUGACAGCUUUGUGUCUGUGGAAUAUGAACGUGGUCUGGUCCGAACACUAUUUCAAACAGCACGACAUAUCUGCACAUAA